AUGGCUGCGAUCGAUCUCGUCUAUCCGGCGCUGGAAGAGGACAAGCGCAAGCUGGCCGAACCAGCGCAACCACAAACCCAAGCUGCCGGAGCUGCCCAGUCCGGACAAGAGAGAAGGAGCAGGAAUGGUCUUGCCCUGGUAUAUGAAGUGAUUGAAGUUGUGGAGGAUGAGGAUUCGGCGCCGCCGCUCUCGGUAUUCUAUCCUCCUUCGUCGCAUCCGAAGCCUGCUCAGGCCCGUCCCCAGUGCUUUGCCCGCAAAUCCUCUCUCGGAUACUGCCCUCGUCAUAGUUCUGUUUUGGAUAAAACUACAGUCAAUGACCUAUUAACAUGGCUCUCAUGGGUAGAGACAUGGGCAUCCGAGGCAGGCGAGGGGGGUGAGGUAGAAGAGCUGCAUGAGAGACUGCAAUCACAACUGCAGCACUAUACCGAGCCGUCACCCGCCAUUGUUGGUAUGACCGCGUACGCUGGUGUCGGGCCUCUGUUACCACUUGGCUCUGCUCGGGAAUUCCUAUCGUUGUGGUUUGCGAAGACCGAUCGCAUGGAUUCUUCUGCCGAGGAUGUGGGAGUUAAAGGUGGAGGCUGGGAGAGAAAAGACAGAUCGAGCACAGCAGGCACUGAGAACUGUCUGUUUGGCCUACGGCAUCGCUCUGUUCUACACUGUCCCCCGCCAGCCUACGACAUACGCUUUCCUGAAGAGCUAUCUCCUUCACAGACUGCAUACCGUCCCGUCUCCACUGGUUCCGCCACCAGCCUCCCCAACGUAUCGGCACCCGCCAUCGUCGGCUCCACCAAAUUCCCAUUCAAGCACCGAGCCAACGUACUUGACAGAGUUGCUGUCAUGGUACCCAGCGGAUGGGAUAGUUGGGGCAAGAUCGAUGUUUUGAGAGAUGGUUCCGACACCGCACUGGUGGAGAAGGGUUGGAAAGUCCGCUUGAGCCAGAGUUCUUGCAGGCUCUUCUUCCCUCCUUCGCGUCUCACGUCUCCUCCCCCGCAAUCUCGCCAACCUUACAACCAAAAUUUCCUUUCCCGUCAACUCGAUCGCCUCAUGAAAAGACCCCAACCAGGACCCCAUCAAUCUUUUCGCCACGCCGCUUCCGCCACCUCAUCCUCCAACGUUCCCUUUGCUGCCAACCCCGGCGCGGGUGGGUUCAACAAUACCGCCGUGGGGCCAAUGGGCGGUGCUGCCGAGGAUUUCAGCUUGCCUGGUGUUGAGAAGGUUAUGCAGGAGAUGGAAGGUCAGAUUGGGGAGGGAGAUGAUGGGAAGGAGGGAGAGUUGAAAGACAAGUUUGCGAGGCUGGGGAGGAGGGAUGGGAAAGCUGCGUUGGGGACGCCGGCACCUGCUAUGCCUAACGAAGCGUUGCAGUCCCACGCCGAUCGUACUGAAACGUCUAGCUGACAGACUUGGCAUGUCCAGGGCUUGCUGGCGAACAGGGGCUGGACGGGGGGUAGUGCUGCUGGGACUCCUACGAAGGGAACUAGUGCUGAAGGGGCGGGGGAGGGCAAGUAGGCAGAUGUGCAGAGGUACAGACAUGUGGAGGGA